GACUCUCUGAUUCGGAUUCUGAAAGAAAGUUGCGUGUUUUUUUUGUUAAAUUUAUUUUUGUUUUUCUCUUUUCUUACACUUAGCAGUUACUUUAGCUCCAAGUUUUGUUUAUGAAAUCACUUGAAAUUCGAUAACUUUAAUGAUGGAAUUUGGUUUUGACGCUACUGUCCGACGAGUCAGGAAUUGCCAGGAUUUUUUCUGUUGUUUUUUGUUUUUGUUUUUACUUUUUUUUUAUUUAUUUUUUGCUCCAACUAAUAACAUAAAUAUGAAUCCUGGUUUUCAGUGUAGGAAUUUUGGGAGCUGCCAAGUGUUCUGAUUUUUGGACGUUGCCUCGUUGGAUUUUCGCUUUGUUUGGCUACAAGGAAAAUUAGCUUCUGGAAUUCUUGGGAAUUGACUUUUCACAUAUCUAGUCUUGUCUGCCUGACCUGGAAAUUUCCAUUUUCCAGAAGGUCUUUUUGAUUAUUAUCAUAUUCUCUUCUGUUAUUAUCAUGGUUGAAUUUCGAAGCCUUUGAAUUGGGUUCUAUUUUUUUCUCGAGUAUAUAAAAGGGGGUUCUAUUACAGGUUUGAAGAUUCGAAAGUUUUGAUUUUGAUAUUCUCUUUGGGAUUUUGUUUGUAUCAAGAAGAAUUGGGAAGAAUCUUUGGUCGUUUUGGGAUUCCGUCAAUGAUUGGUUUUAUUCUUGUUAUGAUGAGUGGUUGAUAUUUUAGUUCUGGGUUUUGGAUUUGGAAGUUGUUUUUAGGUUUGUGAUUAAGGAAAAUUGAUUGAGAAACUGGGAUGGAUGAAUCUCAGGGCAGCUGUAAUUCGCUGCCUCCUUUUCUUUCAAAGACCUAUGAGAUGGUGGAUGACCCUUCGACCGAUUCGAUCGUGUCGUGGAGUUCCUCGAAUAAAAGCUUCAUAGUGUGGAAUCCACCUGAGUUUGCUGGGGUUUUGUUGCCCAGAUUCUUUAAGCACAAUAACUUUUCAAGCUUCAUCAGACAGCUCAACACAUAUGGUUUCAGAAAAGCUGAUCCGGAGCAAUGGGAAUUCACAAAUGAGGAUUUCAUAAGAGGUCAGCCACACCUUCUAAAGAAUAUCCACAGAAGGAAGCCAGUCCACAGCCAUUCUUUGCAAAAUCUUCAAGGACAGGGAACUCCUCAACUGGCUGAAUCAGAGAGGAAGAGUUUGAAGGAUGAGAUUGAAAGGCUUCAACAUGACAUAGAGUGGCUCGAGUUGGAGUCAAAGAGGUAUGAGAAUGAGCAGCGGGGAUUGGAAAUACAAAAGCACAGUUUAAAGGAAUGCUUUCAAAAUACAGAACGGCGGCAACAAAGCAUUGUCUCUUUAUUGAAUCAGGCUCUACAGAAACGGGAGCUUUCCAUGAAUAUUGUGCCACAAGUGGAGGCCCAUAUCAGAAAGAGAAGGUUGCCAAAAGUUGGUUACUUCUAUGACGGAGCUGGCAUAAAAGAUAACCUGAUUGGAGGUUUGGAAUCAGAACUUGGAGAAAAGGUGGACAGUGAUUCUUUUUUGAACUUAAACUUGGACCAGUUAGAACAGUUGGACGCAUCGCUGACAUUUUGGGAGGAUAUUGUUAGUGAUUUUUCUCAAAGUCACUUUCAGAUUAGUUCAAACAUCGAGUUGGAUGAAUCUAAUUCUACAGGUUGUGCUGAAAGCCCAGCUAUAUCAUACGUCCAGCUUAAUGUUGAUAUCCGACCCAAAUCCCCUGAUAUUGAUGUGAACUCCGAUCCUGUUCCAACUGGUGCUUCUGAGCCUGCUGCCUCAAAAGAACAAUCCCCUAAGGAACAAGCAAUUGGGCCCACUCCUCUACCAACUGGGGUCAAUGAUGUUUUCUGGGAACAGUUCUUGACAGAGAAUCCUGGUUCAUCAGACACACAAGAAGUUCAGUCAGAAAGAAAGGAUUCUGAUGGAAGAAGGAACGAAAGCAAUCCUGGUGAUCGUAGCAAGUUUUGGUGGGGCAUGAGGAAUGUUAAUAACAUUACAGAACAGAUGGGAAACCUUACACCAGCAGAGAGGACUUGAUAACGCUUCAUUUUUCAACUUUUGAUGCCCCAAUAGCUCACACAUUUUAAAUUUGGUCUCUGCUCGAAGAUGUCUCACUCUUUCUCUGGGAAGUUGUGCUUUUUUGUUCUGAAGUGUAUGGGGAUGCUUACGUGAUGCGACCGUGAUCAACUUCCCAGGUCUUUUAGGCAGAGGAGCAAGAAUUGGAUCAUACAUAGUUUUUUGCCGUCGACAUAGGAAAUCAUCCUAACAAAAUACACAGCGCACUUCAUGGAAGCCCAUAGCUUUGUUUCUGUUUAUUGUUUAAAGAGAGACGGAUGCAGACAUUGUCGUGGCGAUAGAUUGAAAAAAAAAAAAAAAAAAAAUUACUAGGCACUGAAUAUCUGGUUUAAAUUUUGUGGUUUACCUUUUUUUUUUUUCCUUUACUUUUUCUUUUCCCUCCUUUUCCAUUCGUACUAAUUCCUGUAUGUGUGUAAAUUAUUUGUUUAUUACAUGAAAAUUUUAAAAGUCAUAGGGAACACAGUUUGAAAAAUUGGAAGCAGAAAAAAAGUACUUGCCUCA